AUGGCGAACACACAGCUUCGAGUCGUAACCCGCAUCAACCAUGGCAUUGCUCAAGACAUGGUAUCCUCUUUGAUCGUGGGUAGUCAAGCAGCUGUACUCGUUGAUGUACCCUUGACCAUCCCCCAAGCAAAAGAGCUUGUACCAUGGAUACGCUCCAACGCCAGCGUGCCAUUGGUGGCGAUAUUUGCCACGCACUUCCAUCCAGAUCAUUAUCUCGCUGCUCACAUCAUCUUGGAGAGCUUUCCUGAAGCCGAACUAUAUGCUACCGAGAAGACAGUGGCUUUGAUCAACGACAUCAUCGAGGGCAAAACUGCCUUCUGGAAGUCGGCAUUAGGAGGUGAAAACAUUGCCAACUCGCCAAGAAUCCCGAAGGCUUUCCCGUCGACCUUCUUUUUGCUUCCAGGGGACGAUAUCGUCCAUCUUCUUGGACCUGUCAACGGAGAUAGCCCUGAGCAGACCAUGUUCUGGAUCCCCUCCAUUAGAACAUUGAUUGCCGGCGAUGUCGUAUACGGCCAUGGAAUGCAUAUGUGGCUCGCUGAUCUUGACGAUCCCUCAAUGACGGAAGCAUGGCUCGGCUCUUUGCGACUAAUCGACUCUCUCGGUGCAGAGAGAAUUAUUCCAGGACAUGCACUUAGUGACCAACACGGUUUCAGUGGAAGUAAGGAUACGGACCACACACGAGCGUACGUUGGUUUCUUCCAGAAAGAGAUCGAAUCGAAACCGAAGGAUACCUUCACGCCAGAUGAAAUCACCACUAUGUUUGAUGAAGCUUUUCCAGAGUUGGCAGAGAUGGAAGAGGGUUCGACCUCGAAGCUUCUGCUCCAGAUUAACGCUCAGCAUUUUGGCAAAGAAGGCCAGCGACAAAAACACGACGUUGAUCUAGUUUCACUUCAAAAGUCUUAUAUCUCAGCCUGGGACUUUAGUAAGAACUAA